AUGUGGAACGCGACGCCGAGCGAGGAGCCGGGGUACAACCUCACGCUGCCUGACCUGGGCUGGGGCGCUCCCCGCGACAACGACUCUCUGACCGACGAGCUCCUGCCUCUCUUCCCCGCGCCACUACUGGCCGGUGUCACCGCCACCUGCGUGGCACUCUUUGUGGUGGGCAUCGCGGGCAACCUGCUCACCAUGCUGGUGGUGUCGCGCUUCCGCGAGCUGCGCACCACCACCAACCUCUACCUGUCCAGCAUGGCCUUCUCCGACCUACUCAUCUUCCUCUGCAUGCCCCUCGACCUAGUCCGCCUGUGGCAGUACCGGCCCUGGAACUUCGGCGACCUGCUCUGCAAACUCUUCCAGUUCGUCAGCGAGAGCUGUACCUACGCCACGGUGCUCACCAUCACCGCGCUGAGCGUCGAGCGCUACUUCGCCAUCUGCUUCCCGCUGCGGGCCAAGGUGGUAGUCACCAAGGGCCGGGUGAAGCUGGUCAUCCUGGUCAUCUGGGCCGUGGCCUUCUGCAGCGCCGGGCCCAUCUUCGUGCUGGUCGGGGUCGAGCACGAGAACGGCACCGACCCUCGGGACACUAACGAGUGUCGCGCCACCGAGUUCGCCGUGCGCUCCGGACUGCUCACGGUCAUGGUGUGGGUAUCCAGCGUCUUCUUCUUCCUGCCGGUCUUCUGCCUCACUGUGCUCUACAGCCUCAUCGGCAGGAAGCUGUGGCGAAGAAAGCGGGGCGAGGGGGCGGUGGGCGCCUCGCUAAGGGACCAGAACCACAAGCAAACCGUGAAAAUGCUGGCUGUUGUGGUGUUUGCUUUCAUCCUCUGCUGGCUGCCCUUCCACGUAGGGCGAUAUUUAUUUUCCAAGUCCUUCGAGCCUGGCUCCUUGGAGAUUGCUCAGAUCAGCCAAUACUGCAACCUGGUAUCCUUUGUCCUCUUCUACCUCAGCGCUGCCAUCAAUCCCAUUCUGUACAACAUCAUGUCCAAGAAGUACCGAGUGGCAGUGUUCAAACUUCUGGGAUUUGAACCCUUCUCCCAGAGGAAGCUCUCCACUCUGAAGGAUGAAAGUUCUCGGGCCUGGACAGAAUCUAGUAUUAAUACAUGA